UGGAGAAUUAAAAAAACGCCGUCCUUCAGAACUCGGGAUCUUCAGGUGCAAAACUUCUGUCCAGGUUUCACCAUGAGUUACCUCGCGGCCCUCUCUGUCUUCUCAGCCCUGCUCAUCUGCCCGGCCGCCAGCCUGGCGACCAGACAGACCACGGCCGGGACAGCCACUGUCAACCUCACGACGUCAAUAGGGCAUGCCAAGUGCCUGGGCUCAGGUUUCAUCUAUGGCUGGCCCGACAACGGCACCAGCGUUGACACCAGUAUUCCAGACUACCUGGCCCAAGGCAUCAGGUUCAACUCGACCCGCGCAGGUGGCGCCCAGAUCGCCGCCCGCGGAUGGGCUGGCGGCUUCGACGGCUAUAAGGAGCGCUUCAACUCGGCGCUCUCCAACUACCGGACCACGCGCAAGUAUGGCGGCGACUUUAUCCUUCUGCCGCAUGACCUCUGGGGCGCCGACAGCGUCCAGAGUUCGGGCACGGCGUUCCCCGGUGACAAUGGUAACUGGACCGACGCUUACCUGUUUCUGGACCAGCUCGUUGCGGACCUCAAGGCCAACGACAUGCUUGAAGGGCUGGUCAUUGAUAUUUGGAACGAGCCAGAUGGCUCGUCGUUUUGGGCACGUUCGUGGCAACAGUACCUCGAUUAUUACGUGAAAGCUCACAAUUAUAUCAAGACCCAGCUGCCGCGGACUCUCAUCAGUGGGCCAUCUAUGGCCAACGCCCCGACUCUAACUGAUGACAAAUGGAAUUCAUGGAUGUCCACUGUCGUCGGCAACGCCACCAUCCCUAACAUCUGGUCCUGGCACCAAAUCUCCAGUACUCGCGAUCUCGACCUUGUCGUCCCAGACUUCUACACCCUUCUCUACAACCACAACCUCCCCGAGAGACCCAUCGACAUCAACGAAUAUGCGUGGCCGUCGGAGCAAACCCCAGCACACAGCGUCUUCUACAUUUCCCAGCUCGAGCGACAUAAUCUCCGCGGCCUCCGCGCGAAUUGGGGGUCCGGCACGGCGCUGCACGACAACAUGGCCGACCUAGUGUUCCACAACACGACCACCAGCUCGUACAGCCCCAACGGCGAGUGGUAUUUGUACAAGUACUACGCCGACAUGGUGGGCGAGCGAGUCGACACGGCCGCGUCGGCCGACGCCAAGUCUGAUGUCUUUGCCGUCGUCGACGGUGGUGUCGCCAAGAUUCUGACCGGCACGAGGAGCGUCCAGGGAACCUACGAGGUUGUGGUCUCUGGCCUGACCCGACUGGGUCUCCCAAAAGAUGGUACCGUACAGGUUCACACGCGCCGCUUUGACUGGGCUGGUGCCAAGGUCGAUGUUGGCGGGCCGGUGGAUUUGGGCAAUACCACAAUGAACUAUUCUUCCGAUACCCUAACAAUUUCGGUCACCUACCCUACAAACGCGACGGCAUUUGCUUUCGAACUCUCCAGCGUAAAACAGUAGACGGUUUUUGUUGGAAGAACGGGCCUGGUCGUAGUCUGGGUAGGGAAUAUCUUUGAACUACGGUGGGCGGGGACAUUAACGACGAGCCCAGUCCGCUUUUUCGGUUCACACCAUUAAAUGCCGCAAUAAAACUGUAAUAACAUUGGAAAUUUGAUAUGAAGCAUUUGACGUGAAAAUAUUU